AUGGUGGAAAAGAAAGUAUCAGCGCGAUCCCAGGAUCCCGGCCAGCGGCGCAUCUUGGAUCGGGCCACCCGGCAGCGGCGUCUGAACCGCCAGCUCGAGGCCUUGGAGAAUGACAACUUCCAGGACGACCCCCAUGCCAACAUGCCCCAGCUUGUGAAGCGGCUACCGCAGUUUGAUGAUGACGCCGAAACGGGGAAGAAAAAGAAGAAAACCCGCGGGGAUCAUUUCAAGUUGCGUUUCCGCAAGAACUUCCAGGCUUUGCUGGAGGAGCAGAACCUCAACACGAGCGAAGGGCCCAACUAUCUCACAGCCUGCGCUCCUCCCUCUAACUUGCCCCAGCGUCACUUCUGCACUGUCUGCGGUUUCCCCUCAAACUACACUUGCGUGUCCUGUGGCGCCCGCUACUGCUGUGUGAAGUGUUUGGGAACGCAUCAAGAGACUAGGUGUCUGAAGUGGACGGUUUGAUGUACGUCCUGAGGAACGUUGCUGGCUUGU